CCCGACCGGGAUGACCACGUCUCCAUCAUCCGGGAGAACAUCCAGCCAGGGCAGGAAUACAACUUCCUGAAGAUGGAGCCGGAGGAGGUGGAGUCGCUGGGGGAGACUUAUGACUUCGACAGCAUCAUGCACUACGCCAGGAACACCUUCUCCAGGGGCAUCUUCCUGGACACCAUCCUGCCCAAGUACGACGUGAACGGCGUCCGGCCGGCCAUCGGCCAGAGGACACGGCUCAGCAAAGGGGACAUCGCCCAGGCCCGCAAGCUCUACCGCUGCCCAGCCUGCGGGGAGACACUCCAGGACAGCCAGGGCAACUUCUCCUCCCCGGAAUUCCCCAAUGGAUACUCUGCCCACAUGCACUGCGUCUGGAGGAUCUCGGUCACCCCCGGAGAGAAGAUCAUCCUGAAUUUCACCACCCUGGACCUGUACCGAAGCCGGCUGUGCUGGUACGACUACGUGGAGGUGAGAGACGGGUUCUGGAGAAAGGCCACGCUGCGAGGCAGCUACAAGUGUGCCUGUGACCCUGGCUAUGAGCUGGCAACCGACAAGCGCCGCUGCGAGGCCGCCUGCGGAGGUUUCCUCACCAAGCUCAACGGCUCCAUCACCAGCCCGGGGUGGCCCAAGGAAUACCCCCCCAACAAGAACUGCAUCUGGCAGCUGGUGGCCCCCACCCAGUACCGCAUCUCCCUCCAGUUCGACUUCUUCGAGACCGAGGGCAACGACGUGUGCAAGUACGACUUCGUGGAGGUGCGCAGCGGGCUGACGGCCGACUCCAAACUGCACGGCAAGUUCUGCGGCGCCGAGAAGCCCGACGUGAUCACCUCGCAGUACAACAACAUGAGGAUCGAGUUCAAGUCCGACAACACCGUCUCCAAAAAGGGCUUCAAAGCCCAUUUCUUCUCAGGUAGAGCCGCCCGGCCCCGGCACGGGCGUCCCGUGCCCUCCCUCACCCCGCAGACCCUCCCCGCGCCCCCAAACCGCCGAGGUGGUGUCACCUUUGGAUGGGUCUCAGGGGGCUACGAGUGCCAGUGCCGCAGCGGCUUCGUGCUGCACGACAACAAGCACGACUGCAAGGAAGCCGGCUGUGACCACAAGGUGACAUCCAUCUCCGGGACCAUCACCAGCCCCAACUGGCCCGACAAAUACCCCAGUAAGAAGGAGUGUACCUGGGCCAUCAGCACCACGCCGGGGCACCGCGUCAAGCUGACCUUCUCGGAGCUGGACGUGGAGGCGCAGCAGGAAUGCGCCUACGACCACCUGGAGAUCUACGACGGGAAGGACGCCAAGGCCCCGGCGCUCGGCCGCUUCUGCGGGGCCAAGGAGCCCGAGCCCAUCGUCUCCUCGGGCAACAAGAUGUUCCUCAAGUUUGUCUCCGACAACUCCGUCCAGAAGAAGGGAUUCGAGGCCGCCCACACCACAGUGUGCGGGGGCCAGGUCCGUGCCGAGGUGAAGACCAAGGACUUGUAUUCCCACGCACAAUUCGGGGACAACAACUACCCGGGGGGCUCGGACUGCGAGUGGGUGAUCAUGGCAGAGGAGGGGUUCGGCGUGGAGCUCAUUUUCCAGACCUUUGAGAUCGAGGAGGAAGCCGACUGCGGAUACGACUACAUGGAGCUCUUCGACGGCUACGACGGGACGGCCCCGCGCCUCGGCCGCUUCUGCGGCUCCGGGCCCCCCGAGGAGAUCUACUCGGCCGGAGACUCCGUGAUGAUCCGCUUCCACUCGGACGACACCAUCAACAAGAAGGGUUUCCACCUUCGCUACACCAGCACCAAGUUCCAGGACACGCUGCACACGAGGAAAUGAGGGCCGGGGGUCCCGGCCCCCCCCGCGGGCAGGGGAGGAGGAGGAGGAGGGCAGGGAGGAAGGCGGGGAGCGCUGCUGCCCCGCACAGACUGCACGGAGGAGGAGCACACAGCCAACCUCAGCACUCAAGACACGCUCGCACGGGGCGCCGGGGCUCGGGCGCCCACGGCACGGGGGGCACUGGGGGGGUCCCCACUGGCAACCACCCACCCUGGUGCUGGGGGGGGCCGAGUGGGACCUGCUGCCCUUCCCUGCCCCGGCCGAAGCUCUGAAUGUACAAACCAGUAACCGGGAAGAGCCCAAAACACACACAAGGUGCUGUCUCUCUCUUGUACCCAUGAAAUAAAUACCCUUGUACUUGGA